CCCACGGAUUACACACUGCUUCCAUCAAAGGCAUUUAGCGAAGGACUCAUAAAAGGACAGCGCCAGAGCUUCAUCCACAAUGAGUGACAACAACCCAGUCAACCAGGAAGUGCAGAACUUUGACAAGAAGUGUCUAAAGAAGACUAGCACUGCGGAGAAGAACACCCUCCCCACCAAAGAGGUUAUUGAGCAGGAGAAGAAGGCGAAUGAGGCGUCUAAAUGAAGCACCAUGGCUCUGCUCCACCCCCCCACCCCCCCC